UCUGAUGGCAGAACCAGGGGAGUUGGUUGUAUAGGCUAUGUCUCGAUGUAUGCGAGGCGCAUCUCAGCUGCGACUUCUCCCCCUCUUCUUUCUCACCCUUCUUCUCCACCUCUUCACCAUCUCCUCAUCAGCCACGGUGCAGGCUCGAUCUUUGGACGGUGCUGACCAGAGGUGGCGCGACUGGCUCCUAGUAGAGGACACGGCGCCCGCAGACGUCGCCUCAGCGCCGGGCGCGCUGGUGCGUCGGAUCACACCUAAAUCGGUGUUUGUGGCGCCCAACUUCCACCCCGGCUGCAAGGAGGGUCAACAGAUCGACGCUCAGGGUCGCUGCGUCCAGAUUGUCCGAGUCGACCAGGCAGCUCACCUCGAUUUCCUGCUCAAACGGUUCAACUCCAUGUUUGCCCCGCCACCUCCACCUAGUAAAAAGGUCGAAAAGGACAGUCCGGGUCCCUUCCACGUUAGUUUACCACUUGGAGGUGCCGAGAAACUGCAGGAAACCGGUCCAGAAACCAUCAAAACAUCACCAGAAAGCAUCAAACCUCUUCCAGAAACCAUCAAAACAUUGCCAGAAACUGUUAAGCCACUCCCAGAAACCUUGAAACCUCAGAAACCAGAUCUGCAAAACCUCAAACCACACUCCUCAUCCACUACCCUACAACCCCUAGCCACAACAACUCCUCUACCACAGCUGACAACCACACCCCCACCACUCACAACCACUCACAAGACUGAAACUACAACCCUCACCAUGCCCCCAGCAUCAACAGACCCCACCACAGAGCUGCUGAACUUCAGCGAUGAAUCGACCACAUCAAGGGUAACACAUGAAACAUUGAAGCCCACCACGUUCUUCACACAGGCAAGUCCCACAGCGUUUUUGUCGUCACCUACAACAACACUAGGGGAUGAGGUAUGGUCAUCACAUAAGGUACAGACAAUGCCUACUACACAGACAGAAACCAUCACAGAUCAUGGAUCACAGACAGAGAUGGGAAACCAUAGACCACACACAUCAUUCGAGCAUCAUAGACCUUCUCACAAUGGGUUGGCAGCACAUGGACAUCAAACUUUACCAACAAUACAGACAGAUGUGUUUGGGACUCACAGACCUCAAGGCGUAUUUGGGUCUCAUAGACCGCUAGAAGUGUUUGGAUCGCAUAGACCCCAAACAACAACAGAUGUGUUUGAGGUUCAUGGACAUGAAACCUUGCCAACAACACAGACAGAUGUGUUUGAGUCUCAUAGACCUCAAGAUGUGUUCGGGUCUCACAGGCCUCAAGAUGUCUUUGGAUCUCAUAGACCUGAAACACUACCAACAGAAGUAUUUGAGUCUCACAGACAUCAAGAUGUGUUUGGUUCACCAAGCUCUCAAACACAUACAGAUCUUUUUGGGUCUCAUAGACCUCAAACUUUACCAACAACACAGACAGAUGGGUUUGGGUCACAUGUACCUCAAACUACCCAAACAGAUAUAUUUGAGUCUCAUAGAACAACUUUCAAUACUCAAAACCCUGAGUUCCUUUUCCAAGGCGUUCACAGGACAAGACCAUCUUCUCUACAAACAUCAACAGCUACAGCAGAAACUGGUGAAGAUUCCGAUAAAACUGCAUCUUUUCCAUCACAUACAACCCUGUUCACAUCACCAACCCUUCAAACCAUUCAACCCUUUGAAGGCCUCCACAGAACUAGACCUUCAUCCCUUCAGACAACCUUCCCUGUACCCUCUACAGUCAAAACCAACGAAGUGUUCACCCUUAAAGGGUUCCAACAAACUACCCCUACAUCCUCAGAGCUCUCCUACACUAGUACAACUUCUGCAACUACAACUUAUGGUGAGGCAACUCCCACAGAGGAUGAAUCCGAUGGAGAAUCAUUGAUUUUCAGUGGUGAUUCCGACAACAAGAAGCCAUUUGUCAUAAUUGUGGCCAAUAAUACAUUCAAACGCCAAGAACCAGUUGAUUAUGAUUCUACCACAGAGUCUACUAGUGGUUCCCAAGAGAGUACCACAGUUUUGAGUAGACCCACUAGUGAGGAAUUUGAGGGUUUGGGAGGUGACACCACCACAGAGUCUAGUAGUGGUACAAGGUUCAGUUAUUUCCCAACAGUUUUAACACCUCCACCAACCAUAGAUGAGUAUUCUUUGGAGGAGUUUCCUGCUGUUGAAGAGGCACCCACUAGUAUUGGGGAUAAGGAAACCAGUUUUGGGGAUUCCUUAGAUGUGGCAGCCAGUUUCCAGCAGAUGAACGCUGGGGAAUCUGUGGGAAACAAACGUACCAAAUGCGAUUCAACCUAUGAGGUGUCACAAGUCCGUGACGGGAGGAUCAUCAGUCAGAGUUCUGUGACCAACUGCCAGCCUGAGGGUGGUAAAACCACCACCACCACCACCCCUCAACCACCCCUCAGGACAUUGGCUCCCACAAAUUUUAGAUUUCCUCUGGAGGCGCAAACUGCUGGGAGACCUAGUUUUAUAAGGUUCCCUGAGGUGACUGCAGGUAGCAGCUAUAACACCAAGGUGCCUGCUGCUAGCGAUAACUAUAACACAAAACUGUGGGGGAGUGAGAACAAUAAUUAUGGGGCAGAUAGUAGUAAACAGUCGUAUUACUGGCCUCAGCAGUGGAAUCCUUUUCCAAGCUCUGUGGUGAGGGGUUGGCCGGUUGUGGAUAGAAGUCAGGUAUCUUCGAAUGUUUAUAGGAAACAGUACUACCAUCAUCCCAUGCCUCAGUGGAUGAACAAGAACACAAAUCAGUAUUCAUGGCCAGGUAGAGUCUGAAAGCAAUACAGUUACUGGUCUAAAAACAGUACAAUCACUCAUGUCCAGUAGGAGACUAAAAGCAGUACAAUCAUUGCUGGAUGGUCUGAAAACAGUAAAAUUUUAUCCUAGAAUUAAUAAAAAAUGUAUAAGAAAUUCUAAUUCCAGUAUAAGAAUACCUACAAGACAAUGUUUUUAGUUUUUUGAAAAUAUAUUGUCAGACUCAUGUCUCUUACCAUUAAAAUAAUAUUCACAACUUUAAAAACUUUAAUGAACAAUGUUUCUACAUUUCUAAAAUGAGGAUGUCCAAAUCUCUAAAAUGGUCACAAUACAGGUAUUGUUAUUUUUAUAAAACUGAAGCUCGGUCAUUUUUUCUAUUAGUCUGACUGGGUUGAAUUUCAGUAGGGGUUUUUGCAGGUUUUUCUUGUAACUUACCGUAGGUAAUUUUAAACUAGAGGUUUUUCAAGCCUUUUCUAAGUAAUUGUUGAAGAAACUGCUUGUAAUUUUGUUGAUAGAUAUAUUAUAAUUUGUUAUAUUAUGUAGUAAGUAUCUUACAUCAAAAGUGUUUAGGAAGAACAAAUAACUAUAAAGUUUAUAUUAUACAAAUGUUUUGGUAGAAUAGCGUCACGAAUUUAUAAAAUUGCAAAAACUGGAUUUGAAUUUUAUAAAAUUAUGAAAAUUUUAUUCAGGUAAGGAUUAGGCGCUGCCUUUAAAAUUACUAUUUUAUGUAUUGAAGCAUUUUUGUUUUAAUUGCAUGAUUAUUAUGUCUUUGUUACAAUUUGUAUUAGAUGAUAAUUAUAUAAUUAUAAGCUGUUUAUUACAAUUGUAUAAUUCGUUGAGUACCUGACAGGCUUUGAAAAUAUAACUUGUGAAUAAGUUUGAACAAUUUAUAACUGCGCACGUUUUAUUGAAUUCAAGAUGAAACUUGGUAGAAAAUUGAAAGAUUCUUGAGAAUCCUUGUUGAAAAUUUACUGACAUGCAAGAAUAUUUUCCAAUAAUUUUGCAAGAAAUGAGUAGUUGAGCAUAGUUUGUGUUUAAAAAUACUAGAAGCUUCUCAAUAAUAUACAUAAUUAUUCUCCAAUUUCAAUCUCAACACAUAACUUAUACGAAUAUAGUAGAAUCUAUUGACAUUGUAUUUAAUAAUAGGCAUUGAAUAAAUAUGAAUAUCAAAUUAUACUUCCACAAAUUGACUCUAAAUAAAUUUGAAUCAACCUAUUAUAAUUUUUAUCAAUGAUAAUUGUCCUCCCAAGAGGGUUCAGUACUUGAAGAUAGGGUUAUUUCAAUACAAUAAAUUAUAAAGAAUGAUCAUAAAAUAUAAACAUUAAAAUUCAGUUUUGUUGAAGAUAAGACUAAACACUAACAUAAUCUCAACUUCUGAAUCUAAAUCAUGAAUUAAAUAAGUUAUACACUGUGAAACUAUCCGAAAUUUACAAUAAACUAUUGCUAUUUUAAAGCAACAUAAUUAUUAUUUUUUACUUUAUAAUUUUUCGAUUUGACAGAUAAAUGUUGAUUGAAUAUUCCUUUAGUUGUUCCGUUCAUAUUGAAAACUGAUUUAAAUAAUAUUGUUGGUGAUUUGAGUAUAAAACUAAUAGAAAAUAAUAAAUUAUAAACAAAACUGAAAUAAUUUCAGACCUCCCAGUUCUUCAAUACUAAUUGUUCGACUUGCCCUUACAAUCAAUUAUUGAUAGUAAAGCUGCGUUUACACCAAAGUUAUUAACAAAAUGUUAAUAACUUUAUCCUUAUAAAUUCUAUUAGAUUGAGCAUAACUUAUCAUACACGUGAUGAUCAUAUGUGUAUGAUAAGUUAUGUUCAAUCUAAUAGAAUCUAUAAGGAUUAAGUUAUUAACAUUUUGUUAAUAACCUUGGUGUAAACCCAGCUUAAUGAUUUAUUAAUUAUUUUAAUUUGAUAAUCCAUUGUUAUGAGUGCUUCUAUGUAUUGUGCUUAUUGUAAAUAGUUUGUAUUGUGUUUUUGUUAGUAAUAAAUUGUUGUAGCCUUUAUAUUAUUGAAGUAAGAAAUGUGUACGUACAAUGUAGCCACAAAUAUCGUAUAGUUCCUAUAUAUUUAGCUGGAUAUUUUUAAAAGUCAAGAGAUCAUAUAUUAUAUCGAUUAUUAUAUUUUUGUGUAAUCUAAUAAAGUAAUUAUACUCCAGCCAUUUUACUUUUUGUACAUAGAUUUUGAAGAUGUUGUAUUUGUAAAUAUUAGAAGUGUAUUUUGGAUAUUGUGAAUCAUUAAAAUAUAUGUUUGAUAUUGUGAA